AUGUUCCACCACGAGAAUAUACAGCCACUAAUUGCAAACCCGAGACGAUUUUUUUCUGGAUAUCAGGCGCCAUCACGUAACAAGUGGGGAAUUACGCAUGCGGCAGCGCCCUGGAAUAACAACCCCCGAGGACAAUCCGGGGUAUACAAGUACAGCAAGAAGGAUACGGGAUCCACACCCCAUGGCUGGCGGAGAAUGCUACCCAUUAGGAAAAGGGCGAAACAAUUGGCUAACACAUUGUUGAGUCGAAUCUGCUUGAUGCACGCGGCCGUGCAAACAAGAUCUCCGAGGCCUGUGCUUUCCUUCAAAAUUGCUGGGACGAGGGAAAAAAUCAAAGAUUUGCACACUGCGCCUCGACGCAACGCAAUAAUUCGCAUCACAGCGAGUGAUGGGCAGUUGAAGAGAGACAAUUUUGGUAGUGGUUCAAAUGCAGUUACCUCUCGUGCCCCUGGUGUUUCAGGAGCCCCUAUAACAGAAGCCCCUAACCAUGAGAUACGGUAUUCACUCAACACGAUCCGAAGAGAUUUUCAAAUGUUCCUAUACGGUGCACUGGAUCCGUUCAUGUGA